CGGGCGGGCGGGCGGCUCCCGCCUCAGCCUCGGCAGUGGCGUCGGCGACGGCGGAGUCGAGGCAGCCGCGAGCGCUCGGCUGAGUGUCCGCCGGCGGCGACGGCCCCGGAGCCGGGAGUUGGGACCGCGCGCGCCGGACCUUCCGCCGCCGCCGCCCAGAGCCGGAGGCGCCGGGGCCGGGGCGGGGGGCAGCCCGGGCGCCGGCGAGGGAGCGGGCCGGGGGGGAGGGUAGGGCAUGGCGCGGACCCCGGCGCCGGCUCCCCUGGGUCCCGGCGGCGGCCGAGCACAACUUUGCUCCGCUUCUCUGCCCGGGGCCGGGCUGGUGCUGCCGCCCCCGACGCCCCCGCCGCUGCUGCUGCUGCUCUUCCCGCUGCUGCUCUUCUCCCGGCUGUGCGGUGCCUUAGCUGGACCAAUUGUUGUGGAGCCACAUGUCACAGCAGUAUGGGGAAAGAAUGUUUCAUUGAAGUGUUUAAUUGAAGUUAAUGAAACUAUAACACAGAUUUCAUGGGAAAAGAUACAUGGCAAAAGUUCACAGACUGUUGCAGUUCAUCAUCCUCAAUAUGGAUUCUCUGUUCAAGGAGAAUAUCAGGGAAGAGUUUUGUUUAAAAACUACUCACUUAAUGAUGCGACCAUUACUCUGCAUAACAUCGGAUUCUCUGAUUCUGGAAAAUAUGUGUGUAAAGCUGUUACAUUCCCACUUGGAAAUGCUCAGUCUUCUACAACUGUAACUGUAUUAGUUGAACCCACUGUGACCCUAAUAAAAGGAUCAGAUUCUUUAAUUGACGGAGGAAAUGAGACAGUAGCAGCUGUUUGUAUAGCAGCCACUGGAAAACCAGUUGCAAGUAUUGACUGGGAAGGCGAUCUUGGUGAAAUGGAAUCUACUACGACUUCUUUUCCAAAUGAAACAGCAACUAUUGUUAGUCGAUACAAGUUGUUUCCAACUAGAUUUGCUAGAGGAAGACGAAUUACUUGUGUUGUGAAACAUCCAGCUUUGGAAAAGGACAUCAGAUACUCGUUCAUACUAGAUAUACAGUAUGCUCCUGAAGUUUCAGUAACAGGCUAUGAUGGAAAUUGGUUUGUAGGAAGGAAAGGUGUUAAUCUCAAGUGUAAUGCUGAUGCAAAUCCACCACCCUUCAAAUCCGUGUGGAGCAGGUUGGAUGGACAGUGGCCUGAUGGUUUAUUGGCUUCAGACAAUACUCUUCAUUUUGUCCAACCACUGACCUUUAAUUAUUCUGGCGUUUAUGUCUGUCAAGUGACCAAUUCCCUUGGUCAAAGAAGUGAUCAAAAGAUUAUUUACAUUUCAAAUCCUCCUACUACUACAACCCUUCAACCUACAAUUCAGUGGCAUCCCUCAACUGCUGGCAACGAGGAAAUAGCAACAGAACCUAAAAAAUUGCCUUUCCCAUUGUCAACUCUGGCAACAAUUAAGGAUGACACAAUUGGCACGAUCAUUGCUAGUGUAGUGGGUGGGGCUCUUUUCAUAGUCCUUGUAAGUGUUUUGGCUGGAAUAUUCUGCUAUAGGAGAAGACGGACGUUUCGUGGUGACUACUUUGCAAAGAACUACAUUCCACCAUCAGAUAUGCAAAAAGAAUCACAGAUAGAUGUUCUUCAACAAGAUGAGCUUGAUUCUUACCCAGACAGUGUAAAAAAAGAGAACAAAAAUCCAGUGAACAAUCUGAUACGGAAAGACUAUUUAGAAGAGCCCGAAAAGACGCAAUGGAACAAUGUAGAAAAUCUCAGUAGGUUUGAAAGACCAAUGGAUUAUUAUGAAGAUCUAAAAAUGGGAAUGAAAUUUGUCAGUGAUGAACAUUAUGAUGAAAAUGAAGAUGAUUUAGUUUCACAUGUAGAUGGUUCCGUAAUAUCCAGGAGGGAGUGGUAUGUUUAGGAACCAUGAAAUGUGACUAAAGUGUACAGUGUCUCAUUCAUACUAGUUGAUCAUUUUCAGAUUGUUCAUACUUUUUCUUGAGGAAGAAUAAGCUUUUUCAACUUGAUUUUCAAGCUUUUUAUAUUCUGAUUUGUCAAAUGAAAAUGUAAAAUCUGGGUUCAAUGUAUCUGAGCUGCUUUACAAUUUUUUUCAAUGCUGUACUACUGUCUCAAGAUUUAAAUUUUAAUGCAGAGUACUUUUAUUGGUCUGACGCACAGGUAAGAAGAAAUGUCAUCAUUAAAUGUAUGACUUUUUUUGGUACAAAAAUUAAAAACAAAAAAAGGAAACUACCUUGGCAUUGUGUAUUAAAUGUUUACUUAAGAGUAUAAUUUCAAAUAUGAUGCUGUUAAACAUAUACCUCUCAAAAUAUCACCACUAAAUGAUACUAUGUCAAAAUUGACCAUAAAACUAAUUCAAAAAAAAGUUUAUAUAUUUUAUUAUACAAAAAUAUUCAGCCUAAUGAAACACCUUUCCUUUUCAAGCAUUAUCUUUUAAGUGUCUCUAAAAAUGGAGUAUUUACCUCUGCAUUUUAAUGAGCCUUGCCAUAAUUAUUGUAGCGUGGCUUUACAAAAAUAUUUUGUUGCACUAAAACUGUGGUAGUAAACUCAGUGAAAAUAAUUUGUGGAAGAAUAUAAUUAGUUGGUCACCACUUUUGUCCAAAUGCAUACAAGAAUAAUUAAAAUAUGCCUUUAAAUAUAAUUAUUAAAAUUUUUUAUCUCUAGAGGACAAUUCGAAUAUUGUCAUGUGAACAUGAAUUUUGGUACAUUAAGUGGUAGUUUUGUUUUAAUGCUUUACGUUCUGAACAUAGGAUAAUAAUAAAAAGAUGUUAUACAGUCAAAUAUAAUGCACAAGAGGGCAUUUUAGUAUAUGCAAAAACAUGAAUAAACUAGAAUUUAGCAUACCAGUUCUAGAAGUGAGAUGUAUCAGCCAAGGAUCUUUAGGAAGAUUUUUCUAGACCAUCUUACUUUCAUCAUUUACUUAUGAUGCUUUUCAAACGGGUAAUUUGAUAAUAAAAUAGAAAAAUCUGAAUUAAUAGAACCAUUCACAUAACACUUGCUGAUGGAUGUGGCAAAUUACUCCCUUUUGCCUUCUAAAUGUAUGUAUGUGUUUGAAGUUUUUUGUUUUCACUAUUAAAACUGGAAACACUGAGGGGGUUGUUUUUGUUUGUUUGUUUUUUUUACAUAAUUCAUUGUUAUUUCCAGAAAUCAUGUAUCUUCUGAAAAAAAAUGUUAUCUCAACCUUCCAGUGUGGAUUUUCUUUGUUGGGUAAUUAAUUUGCUUCAAUAGUGAAGUCCUGUUAAAUUGUAAUACGACAACUAUUUUGAAGCCCAAAGAAUAUGUUUUUUUCUGUUGAUGGUUUAUUUGAAACAAAGGACUUUGUAGAAUUGCCUUAGGUGUUUUGCCAGGGAAUUUGAAGUGGAUAUUAGAAGAAUCAUGCAUUAAAUAAAUUAUUUUGUUAACUAAAAGGCAAAGUAGGUCCUUUUUUCUAACCUUCCUAACCACAAAUCGGCUCGUCCAGUCUUACAAGAAAGUUGUAAUGUGUUCAUAGAAUUACACAAGUGGUGAAAGC